AUGUGGAGGCGCGCAUACCUAUUUCUGGUUCUGGUCCGACUUUACUUUUCUCUGUCGCCGAGUUACCUCCACCCUGAUGAGAACUUCCAAGGCCCGGAAGUGAUAGCUGCACGAUGCCCAAGAAAACGCAACGCGCUGGUCGAUCUGCGCGUCCCAGAUCUGCCCCCGUUGGGCCACGGCGGGCUGUCAUCAAACCGUGGCACAUGUGCUAAUCAUUAUCAAUCUGCAGGCCAGAUCUUCAGCUAUCCGGUGAAGUUGACCUGGGAGUUUACCGCCGAUGAUCCCCUCCGAAGCGUAUUCCCACUAUGGCCUAUCUACGGCCUGCCGAUGCUGCUCCUGCGAUGGCUGUGGAUAGGGAACGGACACGACGGAGAAGUACCGCCCAUCGCAGUGUUCUGGACCUUGAGGGUGUUGAUGUUCACAUUGAGCUUCGUGCUGGAGGAUUGGGCUCUGCAUGAAUUAGUCCAGUCCCCAAGAAGUCGGAAGGUCGCGGUUCUGCUGGUCGCAUCCUCAUACGUGACUUGGACAUACCAGACACACACCUUUUCGAACUCGAUAGAGACUUUAGCGCUGGCCUGGUGCUUGGUUCUGAUAGAUAGGAUUGUAGGAACAAAGGUAAGGCUUGUCCUGGGUGAAUCGGGCACAAGUCUCACAGCUUCGCAGCACCGAUCUUCUGCCUUUGCAUCAGCUAUCCUAGCAUCUAUCGCAGUCUUUGGCAUAUUCAACCGGAUUACGUUUCCAGCGUUUCUCGUAAUCCCAGGCCUUCGAUUGAUUCCUCAUUUCAUCAAGAGGGAGGUACCCCUCCUGCUUGUUGCUUCUGAUACUAACAAUUCCUGCAGACCUUUGGCUCUUUUCACCGCAAUUUUCGCUGCCCUUCUUACCACCUUCAUUGCGGUCUAUAUCGACACACAGUUCUACACUGAACAUUCGGUUACCUGGUCAUACCUCUUUUCUCACCCGGUCAUCACACCUCUCAAUAACUUCAAGUACAACCUACAAAAAAGUAAUCUCGCAGAGCACGGACUCCAUCCGUGGUAUCAGCACGUUAUCUUUAACCUCCCACAACUGCUUGGGCCAGCAGCUCCCUUAAUUUUCUUUGGAAUGCACCCAUCGUUGCGGCUCUCCUCCGCUAUUGCCGGUGUUGUCGUCCUCUCGAUAUUUCAGCACCAAGAAGCUCGUUUUCUCCUUCCUACGAUACCCAUGAUUCUUUCCUCGAUACAACUUCCUCGAAAUCAGACCAUACUUCGCCUCUGGGCUGGGAGCUGGAUUCUCUUCAACGUAUUUUUCGGCAUACUAAUGGGUGUGUACCACCAAGGCGGGAUCGUGCCUACUCAGGUGUUUUUGGGUAAGCAGCCGGAUGCAACCCAUGCAAUCUGGUGGAAAACAUACAGUCCUCCCAUUUGGCUUUUAAAUGGGAAGAACGAGGUCCUGACGACGCACGACAUGAUGGGCAUGAAAGGACCACUCAUGCUUCGCGAGCUAGCGGCUUUGGCGACGUGUCACAAGACUUUCGAUAACGCAACGGCUUAUCUGGAUGAGAAGGAAGGCACAUAUCUCAUCGCCCCUCUGUCAGCGACUUUCCUGGACAACUACAUCUCACGCAAGGAAUCGUCACCCCUCCAUUUCUUAGAAGUUUGGCGCUACAGAAAACAUCUGAACUUGGACGAUCUGGACUUCGGCGAUGAUGGGUUCGCGAAUACCCUAAGCCGAGUGGUUGGGAGAAGAGGACUCGGUGCAUGGAGAGUGACGAAGGAUUGCUAG